CAUGUUUUAUUAUUUCUGGGCUAUUUUCAUUGCUAUUUUCAUGAAAGAAUGGAUAGAUGAGAGAUUAAUUUGGGAGGCAUCCGAGCAUAACAACUUAACAGAAUUAAUAAUUGAGGCAAGAAAGCUAUGGAGACCCGAAUUCGCAGUUAUCAAUGGAGCUGAGAGAAUUUACGAAGAUUACAACGCAUUUCGUGCAGUUAUUUCUCAUAAAGGUUUCAUUCAUUGGGAACCGGGAGGAGUUUUUAAGACGAUGUGCCAAAUAGAUAUUACGUAUUAUCCUUUCGAUGAACAAACUUGCGCUUUAACAUUUGGAGCUUGGUCGUAUCAUACAGCAAAAAUGAAUUUGACAACGUCAUAUGACGUCAUAAACAUGGAUAGCUAUAAAACGAAUGGAGAGUGGGAAGUAAUUGGCAAAAGGGUGAAAAGGAACGAAUUUGCUUACGAAUCGGCUCCUAAUGAGAAGUUUUCCAACAUCGAAUUUAUUAUUGUUCUUAGGAGAAGACAUACUUUCUAUGUACUUAAUGUUAUUCUACCAAGUAUUAUGACCUCAGUGCUUUUACUCUCCGUGUUCUUUUGUACUCCGGGCCAAAAGGUACAAAUUGGAGUUGUUGUUUUACUGUCCUUUAGAAUUUUUCUACUAAAUGUGGCCGGAAACAUUCCAAAAACGUCGGAUCACAUACCUCUCUUAGGCGUCUAUUUAACGGCUACGAUGGCAAUAACUACAUUGUCUAUGAUUCUAACUGUUUUCGUCUUAAAUUUACAUUAUGUUACCGAGAAGCCGUUAUCACCGUUUGUAAAGAGGUUGAUGCUAGUAUACGUAGCCAGAAUGUUGGGAAUGUGCUCAAUAGAGAAUAAACCAUCAAUAAAUGGUAAAUUUAGAAAGAGGAGAAUGUCUGUUGACUUUGAAAGUAACAAUUUAGUUACAAAGUCUCGUCAAGUAAGUUCAAAGGUUAGCGAAAGAAUUGCUUUGCAUUCAAAAUCGUCAACAAGCUACGAAAAAUACGAGGAAAAUGAUGAUAAAGUUUCAGACUAUUCCCAAGAUUGGAAAAGACUAGCUCAAGUGUUUGAUAGACUAUUCUUUUACUUAUUUCUUUUAGCUAUUUUAAUUAGCACACUAAUUUUAUUUCAACCAUUGACCCGCCGUCCAAAUUAG